AUGGGGAAUAUGCCCUCCGCGGUGAAGCACUGCCUCAGCUACCAACAGCUUCUCCGAGAGCAUCUCUGGAUCGGGGACUCGGGGGCAGGGGCACUCGACCCUGCGCAGGAAUCAUCCCAGUUAUCUGGACUCCCUGAGUAUGUUAAAAUAGUAGAAGUUGGACCAAGGGAUGGAUUACAGAAUGAAAAGGUUAUAGUUCCUACGGAUAUAAAAAUUGAAUUUAUCAAUAAACUUUCCCAAACUGGCUUGUCUGUAAUAGAAGUGACCAGCUUUGUGUCCUCCAGAUGGGUACCACAGAUGGCUGAUCACACUGAAGUGAUGAAAGGCAUUCGUCAAUAUCCGGGAGUUCGCUAUCCUGUCCUUACUCCUAAUCUUCAGGGCUUUCACCGUGCUGUGGCUGCCGGAGCCACUGAGAUAUCAGUGUUUGGUGCCGCAUCCGAAUCCUUUAGCAAGAAGAAUAUUAAUUGUUCCAUCAAAGAAAGCAUGGAGAAGUUUGAGGAGGUCGUUAAGUCUGCAAGGCACAUGGGUAUUCCAGCACGAGGGUAUGUGUCUUGUGCCCUGGGCUGUCCCUAUGAAGGAAACAUCACACCGCAAAAAGUGACAGAAGUGUCUAAGAGGUUAUAUAGCAUGGGCUGUUAUGAGAUCUCUUUGGGAGACACAAUUGGAGUGGGAACUCCAGGAAGCAUGAAGAGAAUGCUGGAAAAUGUCAUGAAAGAAAUCCCACCAGGUGCUCUUGCUGUUCACUGUCAUGACACAUACGGACAAGCCUUAGCAAAUAUCCUUACAGCCCUUCAGAUGGGGAUUAACGUGGUAGACUCUGCUGUAUCUGGAUUAGGUGGUUGCCCUUAUGCAAAAGGUGCUUCUGGGAAUGUUGCCACUGAGGAUUUGAUAUAUAUGCUUAAUGGCCUGGGGCUCAAUACAGGAGUGAAUCUUUACAAGGUGAUGGAAGCUGGUGACUUUAUUUGCAAAGCAGUGAAUAAAACCACAAACUCAAAAGUAGCACAAGCCUCCUUCAAUGCUUGA